UGGAAUCCAUUUGAAUUGUGCUAAAUGGACGCCAAGUGAAAUUUCUUAACUUGACUAUACAUAUAUUUGUUUGUUUUGUGUUUGUGUUGAAAUAAGAAAUAAUAAAAACAUUAUCAAAAAAAUAUAUGCUAACAAUACCAUGGAAGAGGAACCAAUUUAUAGUUUAUUGCAAGCUAUAGAUCCUUCCAAGAUCAAAGUACCAAUCAAUGAGCGGUUUUCCAAACUAACGUUAUCCUCAAGUAAAAAGAAACAACUGCAACAACAAGAAAUGCAGGAAAAUAAUGUAAAAAAUGAUCCAGCGGCAGAACCCAAUACUUAUUCCAGUUUGCAGGAGAAACGUCAAAGCGCUAGUCGCAACUUAUUACAACAAUUAUCCCAACAAAGCCAAGAUUCGUUAAAUGAUCAUCGAAAUCCAUUGUUGCGCAGUGAAUCCUCCAAAGAUCCAAGUGACGAAAGAAAUAAUGCAAGUCGUUUGGGGGAACACUAUGAAACAAUGGAUCCAUUAAAUGUAACCGAAGACGACCAUGCUGAGGAAGGCGAAACUGAAGAGGAUUUGGGGUCAUAUAAUGAGUCUGUUGAACUACCACCCCACUUGGAUGUGGCCGUGGAUGAUUUGUCCCACAAAAUAUCAGCUAUUGAUUUGCUUGCUCGCCCCAUAUCCAUUUCAUCGACCAGUAGUAGUUCAGCGGAACCACCCAACGAUGUAACACAAUUGGUUUCCACAGAAAGUCAAAGAUCUAGUAUGGGAAUGGAAGCACGCCUUAAUAUUAUUGAAUUGCCCAUAACAAAGGUCUUUAAAAAAGAAGUUGUUGGCGUUGGAACCACAACUAGAAUAGAACAUCGUGAAACAAGUAAACAAUACGAAAUGACCGAAGAUGAGGACGAGGAAGAGGAGGAGGACGAAGAAGAUACUGAGGAUGAAGCCAUUACCAUAUCCGAUAGUUCGGUUAGUGAAGGAAACAAAACAGAAGAUCCCACAAACAUGGCUAUGUCCACCAUAAAUACCGUAAGAGCUAAUUUAGUUGCAUUGAGUCCAGAUAAAAUGGAACGUAUGACCGCAUUUUUGAAAGAUGUUUCCAUGGAGCAAAGAAACUUGCAAGAAUGUUGUGAUCUUACCUUAGAUAGUUUGGAAUAUGAACAAAAUUCCCGUUACAUCGAAUUGGAGAAUGCAACUAAGGCUCGUAUUAUUGCCACAGCUGAUACUGAGUCAGUGACACCAGAUGGAGUGGAGGAUGAAGAAGAUUAUAACACGAAAUCAUUGAAAGAGAAAAAAGAGAGAAUUAAGGCCUUUGUGGAAACCAGCCAGAACGGAGAAGAAAAUGUUCACAGAUUAGCAAACGAAGAUACCCAGGAUAAUUCUAUAAUGACUGAUUUACAAUUUAGUCCCUCCCAGGCUCAACGUGAGGAAAAGACACCACAAAAUAAGGCACGAGCAAUUGCCAAUGCUGAGACACAAGAUAAUAGUGAGGUAUAUGCAUCUCCCGAAAACAAUUUCGAUGAUCCUCUUAAUACCCCAAAGCCACAUGACGAAUCUGGCAAACGACACAGGAGAUUAGCUUCUGCAGAGACUGAAGAGAAUACCAUAAUGACAGAAGAAAUGCAUUUAAUUAUUUCGGAACCUAUUUAUAAGACACCUAUAAAGGCCUCGAAUAGACGUAAUUUUGCUUUAGAAGAGACAGAGGAAAAUACCCAAGUGAAUUCAUCCAUUUCUUCAAACGAAGAUGAAGCGCGAAAGGAGAAAGACAAUGCUAUGCGUUUGGCCCACAAUGACACUGAAGCUAAUACUGAAGUCUCAACACAUUCAAGUCCACAGGAAAAUGUAAGAAAUUUGGCUGAAGAUGAAACCGAGCUAAAUACUUCACAUUCCGACACCUCUGCGGGUUCUGCAGCUAGAAAUUUGCAUAAAGAUUUAGCCCAAGCCGACACAGAAGUAAAUACUUCAAUAUUUCUUCCCUCAAGUCCCGAAAUGAAAACCCCACAAAAAUCCUAUAAUAAUUCCAUCAAUUCUUGUAUUAGCGAAUCUCCUGAAGCAAAUAAGUCUGCUCCCGAUCAUUCUAUAACCAUUUUGGAAACAGAUGAAGAAAACAGUUACACCGAAUCGGUGCAUAGUCCCCAGUCUAACGACAAUAAUAAACUUUCAACAAGUCUGCACAAUGCUGAAGCUAGUGAAGUCUAUGAGGAUACCGAUGAAGAAAGCGAUACUGAUGGCCAAAUGUCUCAAAUUCAAAUGUCCAUGGCGAACAUCAAUAUAUCGGCUAAAAUAAAUAUAAAAAUACAUGUUACCGAUUCAACGGAGCCCAGUGAGGAUGGUGAUUAUUCUGAUAAUCGUCGUAGUACAAUAGAAUCACUGCCCGAACAAGAACAACCACAUAUUGAUGAAGCUGAAGUUUUGAGUCAACAACAACAAGAACAAGCGAGGCAGGAGAGAACACCAUCAAAAAGUAGAGAGAAACCCCAAACACCUAACAAUAAAACAAUUGUAAGGCAAUCAAAAACUCCUGCUAGGAAUGGAAAUGUUAAUGGACGUACUCCAAAUAAAUUGCUGGACAAUAAAAAUGAUAAUUUGGAUGACUCCUGUAUGGUUGUCGAAGAGGAUGAAAACUUUGUUGAUGCUGCCCAGAAGCUAUUGAAUCAACUAUAUGGUAAUUCAUGGCAAACACCCGAUGUUAUACGUACCCUUAAACGGACAUCUGGCAGUGCGGAUAAUACGCUUAAAAAAUCAGCUGUUAAGAAACCGCCAUCGACAAGUAAGCCAAAAGAAAAACCUGCCCCAAGUGGAACUGAUAAGGAAAUGAGUAGUCUUCGAGUGACCGAUGAGAGUGCAUUGUGUGAUUUUAGCAUGUUUCGCAAAGAUAUUGUCAGAACCAAUUUGGAUUCAACCCGAUUGGUGACGCCAAAAACGAAAUCCUCUGCAAAUCGGGCCAUAAACAACUGCCAAACUGAACCCAGGAACCGCACCACAAAAACGACGACAAUGAAAUCACGUGACGAACGUGACAAUGUCUUUAAAGCUCCACAAACUGAGUUGAAAAAGCCACCACCCAGAACCCCAGCAAUGGCAAAAUUAAGCGUAAAUCAAAUACGAUCACAAAAUGAAAGAUGGCGGCAGCUUAUCGAUGAUACCGAUUCCGAAUCUGAGGGUAAUAAUGCAUCCGAUGAUGAUGAUGCCGACAAAUCCGAUGAUGAGUCAUGGCAAGCGAGUGAUGUGGAGGAUGAUAGUGAUUUUGAACCUUCGCCGGUGAAACCCAAAGAUAAAUCGAAAAGAAAUAUCAACAACAAAAAGGAGAAGGACAAUAAAAAGUCAACUAGUAAGAAACCCUCACGUAAACAACGGAACUCUUCUGGUGAGGAAAGCGGUGAUGGCGAACGAAGUAGUAGUGAUAAUGAGGAAAACAAUGAUAUUGAUUUCAGGGCUUCUCCAGCAAAGCCCAAGGAGAAAACGAAAAGAAAUGUUACUAAUAAAAAAUCUACAAACAAGAAACUUCCACAUAACCUUCCAUCUGAUGACGAUAGCGAUAGUAAUUUGAAAUCAGACGAAUCUUGGAAACAAGAUGACGAUGUGACAAAUUCCGAUAGUGACUUUGAACCCAAAAAGACAAGGGCGAAAAACAAUACAAAAAUAGGUAAAACUUCCAAAGCCAAGAAGAAAGCGGAUAAAUCAGAGGAUCAAUUGGUCUAUUUGGAUUUAUCCAAGGAAGAGGUUUCCAUCCUGGAAGAUGUACCGCAAAGUCCACCGGCAAAUCAUGAUGCCACAUUUGCAACACGUUUAAAUGAUAUACUCAAAACUUGCCGGCAUGAGGAUAAACCCAAGCUGCCAUCCUCCACUCAAUCAACAAAAACGAAACGUAAAUUGUUUACUCCCAUGUUUGGUCAUGAUUUGGAGGUUGAAGAUCCUGCCCUGCCGGAUAUUGUUGAAAAGGAAAAUAGAAAAAUAUUGGUAGAUGAAUCUGAGAGCAUUAUACUUGAUAAUGUAACUUGCCCCUUUGAUGCCCAGGGAAGGCCCAAGAAGUUGGAUAUUUUCAAUAAACAAUUGGAAUCGGUAAAGGUGGGUAAGCCCAUAUUCAAACUGACACCAUCACCCAAAAAGGCCGGGGCAACUACACCUCUUAGAGAGAAAAUAAACGACACACCCACUUCGAAAACUAAAUCGGGUAGUAAAACAAAGCCCCAGACUCCAACCACUGGCCGUAAGGCAGAGCCCAAAAAGUUGGGAGAUCUUAGCGGGACACCAAAUUAUAAAUAUAGUUUUUUGAAAUCAUUGGAUGUAACGGUCAGCAAAGCCUUUUGCCAUCCCGAUGCCCUGAUUUAUCGCGAGAGUUAUCGCACCAAAAAGGAAGAUCUGGCCAACAUACUUUAUGAAAUGUACAAUCAAAGAUUGUUUGGCAAUAAACUUAAUGUGCCCUUAACAUGGAAUAAGAAACUUAUCAACACUGCUGGUCGAUGUUUGAAUAAGAAAAAACUUGGGGUACGAUCCAGUGUCGUGGAGUUGAGUGAAAAAGUCCUGACGAGUGCCGAUCGUUUGCGUUGCACUUUGAUACAUGAAUUGUGUCAUGCAGCCACAUGGAUAUUUAAUGGUGAAGGCGGCCAUGGCCGUACAUGGAAGGAAUGGGCCCAGAGGGCUAAUGCCACUUUUCCUGAAAUACCUAAAAUUGGGGUGUGUCAUCAAUAUGAUAUAGAAUAUAAAUAUACCUAUAAAUGUACUCUAUGUGGAGCCAAGUCACAUGCUCAUUCAAAAUCAAAGAAAGUGGAGAAUAUACGCUGUUCCUAUUGCCAUGGUGCUAUUGAAAUAUUUCUCAAUAAAAAAGAUAAGGAGGGCAAUAUUAUACCAACACCGGUUAAGGAGCCAACGGGCUUUGCUAAAUUUGUCAAGGACAAUUACAAGAAAUAUAAACGUGACGAUACAAAACAUGCUGAUGUCAUGAAAAUAUUAAGCAAUGAAUUUGCCACAAUGAAAUUGAAUAAAAAAUAGACUUCAUAAACAUUAGAACAAAAGAGAAAAA